UUAGUACAUCGGAUCAGCAAUAAUAUGUCGGGUUACCCAAAUCAGCCUUCCGGUUACGGUUACGGCUACGGCGGCGCCGGAGCCGGCGGUGGAUACGGAGGCUACGGAGCUCCUCCGCCAACUGCCCAGCCCUACGCCUCUUCGGCGUACGGCGGACAACAACCACCGCCUCACUCUCAGCAGUCGUACGCUCCGGUGUCCGCCCCGUACGGCGCACCGUCGGCACCGUACGGAUCAUCUACCGGAGACAAACCUCCGAAGGACAAGCCUCAUCAGUCCUACGGCGGGGCUGGUGGCGGUCAUCAAUCUUACGGUGGAGCCGGUGGCGGUCAUGCUUAUCCUCCACCUAAUUCGUACGGAAACCCUUUCGCGUCGCUCUUGCCCUCGGCCUUCCCGCCUGGUACUGAUCCGAGCAUCGUCGCCUGCUUCCAAGUAGCCGAUCAGGAUGGGAGUGGCUUUAUCGAUGAUAAGGAGUUGCAAGGUGUUCUGUCCUCGUAUAAUCAGAAGUUUAGCAUCAGAACUGUUCACCUCCUCAUGUACCAUUUCACCAACACGAACACCAGGAAGAUCGGGCCCAAGGAGUUCAUUGCUCUGUUUUAUGGUCUUCAGAGCUGGAGGGGUAUUUUUGAGAGAUUCGAUUCAGAUAGAAGUGGAAAAAUCGAUUCCAAUGAGUUGCGAGAAGCACUUUUGAGUUUGGGCUUUGCAGUCUCACCGGUGGUCUUGGACUUGCUGGUGUCUAAGUUUGACAAAAGCGGUGGGAAAAGCAAGGCCAUUGAAUAUGAUAAUUUCAUAGAGUGCUGUCUUACGGUCAAGGGACUGACUGAGAAAUUCAAGGAAAAGGACACCACAUAUUCUGGUUCUGCAACCUUCAGUUACGAGGCUUUCAUGCUGACUGUCCUGCCAUUCCUUAUCGCCUGAGGAGUUUAUCGGCCUUCGAUCCAGCACCUGUUCUCAAUUUGCAGGAUAGGAGGGGCCGAUCAUUUGCUAUUUCCCAACAGAUGCAUGCAAUACAUUUUUCUGAAAUGUGGUGGGACGGACAAGAAACUGUUGGUCUUCUCGACGUCAUCGAACAAAAUAUGUAUAAGUUGGACGCUAUCGUCCACGUCCCAAGCCUGGUAUUUGUUCAAGCUGGUCGAUCACUUCUUUCCUUCGUGCCACGCUGCAAUCUUCUCAAGCUGAGUCGUUUGCAAACUCAUUUCUGUCCGAAUCACCUCUAUCAUAUCCGAUGUUAACAGAUCCGGUGUUAGAGCCAAUGCAAGUAUUAACUGACGUUGGGUGGUGCCAAAGAUUGUCAAUAUGGUAAUUAGUUCGUGGCUUUUCAUGAUAAUUAAUUGGACAAUGAUAUGUUCCUAAAACACAAAUAUAGUCGCUUCAUAUCAUAUUAGACACAAACAUGUCGUUUGGUUUUUAGCUUUAUUGGCCGUUCACCCAUGUACAAUUAAACUAAUCCUUAUAUACAUUACGAUCAUUCCAAGAAUAAA